UUUCAUUGCAUGCAAACCAUCGAGGUGCAAACUUUGUUCAAUAGAAUCUAACGGAUAUAUAUUUUUCCGAGUUAAUUAAUUUAGCCUGUUACAAACGACCCCUAAAUUGAAUUUGAUGAGUUGACAAAAAAGCCUUCCAAACCAAAUCUAUUUCUGGUCACAAACUCUUUGAACUCAUCACAAGUUUCAGUUGAUCAUCGGACAUCGUCUUGGAAGGAUCAUCUCGAGCGCGAGUGUGUUAUUUGUACUGUAUCGUAGAAAACUAUCGUGAAAAGAAACAAAUAUAAAAAUGGCUCUUAAGUAUAGUGAAAGUAAACAUCCGUAUAUUGAUCUUGGAAAUGGGUUCCAAAUAACCUUUUUCGAGGACCGAUGCAAACACGGGGAAGAUUUCGAAUCGAAGGCGCGUCGAGCGAUUAACGAAACUCCUGAGAAUGUUCCAAAAGCUAUGGCGGAGCUCCGACGAUUAGUUGUGGCUGACGGAAGAUUCAACAUACCUUACGAGAGCGAUUGGUACAUAAAUACGUAUCUGCGGUCCGGUUCAUAUGAUCCUCAGGAGACUUAUAAUAUACUUCAGGCAACAGGCACCCAAAAGUCCAAAAACAGGGAGUAUUUCGGGAGUGUGGCUUCAAUUAGGCAUGUCUUCGAAGAAGGAUUGGUGUGGGUAGUGCCUGAACGAGAUGAAGAUGGAGCCGUGAUUAUUGUGGUUGAGUCAGGAAAAAAAUGGAAUCCAGCUAAAGUAUCCGUAGUACAACUCAACACUGCAGUCAACGCUGUGAUUUCGAUUUUCCUGAAUAGUGUGGAAGCUCAGCUCCACGGUUAUAAGCUGAUAUUCGACAUGGACGGACUCUCAAUGAAGCAAAUAGUGCAGUUUACCCCUCAAACAACGGCCAUUAUGUUGGAUUUGAUGGACAGAUGCUCUUGUAUCAGGUUGCUGCAAGUACAUACGGUCAACAAUGGAAUGGUGUACAAUAUGGUGGUUUCGAUCAUGAAGCCUUUGAUGUCGAAGAGCAUGCGUGAAAAGCAAAUUUUUCACGGUCGUAAUAUGGCCUCCCUGGCUAAGUUCAUAAGUCCCAAGGUCUUACCACCGAAAUAUGGCGGAACCUCGAAGGCACCUCCAUACGACGGACGUCUUCUCGGAGAUCUUCUGCUUCACUACGAUGAGUGGAUGCUAAAAAUGCACAAUUACGGCUUCAAACGGAAAAACAGCAAAGGCGAAUAAUAUUCCUAAUGAUGACUUACAAAAUUUAUUUUACAACUCAGGAGUCGUUGUAUUGCAAAGGGGGGCUUUGGAAUCAAAAUGUUUAAUAAAAAAUUAUUGUCAGGGGAACUUGUGUAUGUCACAUCCGAAAAACGCCAAAGAAUAUAUGUAGAAUAUAGCGAAAAGAGGGACUUCCAGUUUCAAGCGCGUAUCAGAAGAUCCAAUCAUAAGAAACAUCAGCAAUGUGCCCACAAAAACGGUGUUAGUGGCAAAGCCUACAGGUUUGAUCAAAUGUGCGGUCGUUAGUUAUAAUUUUUCGUUUGAUGAAGUGUAUGUGUAUGUAUACCAAUCCAGUGUGUGAGAAGUAGACGAAAAACAACACAGGUGAUGGUAGCCAAAAAACUCACAAUUCUGGGGUGGUAAUGUGGCUGUAUUUUGUGAAUAGUUUCAAUGGUGUUAAACA